AUGGAAAUAUCGAUGAAGGAGAGGAUGAUACUGAGGACCCUCCGACAAAGCCGAGAGCCAAACCCACCUGCUGCCAAAGCUCAGAACAAAUCUUCUACGGGCGCAUCGACUUUUCUUCCAUCCCUAUCUGUCGGGUUCAUCAAAGGAAACGAGGAUUCGGACUGGAGCGACAGUGAUGCGAAAGCCGGGGAUAUUGAGCAGAAGAAAAAUCGGAGAGGCCAACGAGCCCGGCGGGCAAUUUGGGAGAAGAAGUAUGGGAAAAACGCUAAUCACAAGAAAAAGGAGGCGAUGGCGGCUGCGAUUGAGCCUGGUCGUAAAAAAUGGAACGCUUCCAACGGGGGUCCUUCUAAUCGUCGUUAUGACAGCCGCACGUCGCGCGGGAGUGCCAAGAUUGAGGGUGAUAGCAAGUUCAAGGGGCGCGAUAAGGGCUCAGAGGGGCAGCAUCGGCAACGACCAGACUCUGGAUGGGGGCAGCGGAAGGCCUUAUCCCGCGAGGGGACCUGUAGCGAAAGCAGAGGACAAGAAGGAGGCCCUCCAUCCGUCUUGGGAGGCUAA